CUCGACGACAUCGACAAUUCCCCCUCGGACAUUCCACAGCCCACGCGGUCAAGAUGCGGUACAUUCACUCCGAUGAAACGUUGCAGAUUCCCGAGAAUGUGAAGGUUCACAUUCGCUCGCGGAUUGUGACCGUCGAGGGACCUCGAGGCAAGCUCGUUAAGGACCUCUCUCACAUCGCCGUUACCUUCGGCCGCCCCUCCCCGGAAGUGAUCUCUAUCGUGCUGCACCACGGUGCCCGCAAGGGAAUCGCUACCCUCCGCACUGUCCGCACCCUCAUCAACAACCUGAUCAUCGGCGUCACCAAGGGCUUCAAGUACAAGAUGCGCUACGUCUAUGCUCACUUUCCCAUCAACGUCAACAUUGACAAGAACUCCGAGACUGGCCUUUACGAUGUCGAGAUCCGUAACUUCUUGGGUGAGAAGUACGUUCGUCGCGUGACUUGCCAGCCUGGUGUUGAGAUCAUCACCUCCCCCAACGUCAAGGACGAACUCCAGCUCUCCGGUAACUCCCUGGAGGGUGUCUCCCAGAGCGCCGCCGACAUCCAGCAGAUCUGCAGAGUCCGCAACAAGGAUAUCCGAAAGUUCCUUGACGGUCUGUACGUGUCUGAGAAGGGUAACAUUCUCGAGGAAUAGAUGUACUGUCGCCCGGGUUAGUUAGGAUGUCUGGAGAAUAUUUCUUUUUAUUUUCGCCCACUUGCAUAUGGAGCAAAGCGAAAUGAAAGCCAAAAAUUUUAAGACCAUGAAAAUUCAAAUAUGCCCUUUGACGUGUCCACGGAUAUGGCUUUCUUCAGCUGGGGAACGUGUGUAGAGUCAAAAAAAAAACCCCCCCUUGCAUCCGG